AUGCUCUUUAAUCUUGGAGCCAUCGCACCCGUAUCCGGCCAACAUCAUGUUCAUGUUGCUGCCAAUUCCUUAAAUUUGCACCCAUCUUUGACCUCCCUUGCUACCAUCAACACGGUCUGUCCCCUUUCUUAUCACCCAUCCCCUUCGCUAUUACCACCAUUCACAUUCUCCAUAAACCGUCCAUUUUUCCAGUGUCUUAUUACUGUUUUUCUCAAAAAACAAGACAUCGACUCUCUAGUCGUUACUUCCGACUACACCAAGUUCAAGUUCCAACUUCCAACGUCACUUUUUUCUUUCCUAGAUUCAGAUUCCACUCCGAUUCUGCAACAAAGAUACUUCCACAAAGAAGAAUUUCCUGCAAUGGAUGUUGUUAGUGCCAUUCUUAAACCAGUUGCCGAGACACUUAUGGAACCUGUUAAGAAGCAUCUAGGCUACCUCAUUUCCAGCACCCAACAUGUGAGGGAUAUGAGAAGAAAAAUGGGGGAGUUGGAUUCUCUAAGACACGCCGAAGAAGACCACUUGGACAGGAACAUAAGAACUCGUCUUGAGAUUUCAUUUCAAGUUAGGAGUUGGUUGGAAGAAGUAGAAAAGAUCGAUGCAAAAGUAAAAACUGCUCCUAGUGAUGUCGGUGCUUGUUGCAGUCUCAAGAGUAGACACACAGUCGGAAGGGAGACCUUCAAACUAAUUGAGGAGAUUGAAAGUGCCACAAGAAAACACUCUUUGAUCACCUGGACCGAUCAUCCCAUUCCUUUGGGAAAAAUUGAUACCAUGAAGGCAUCCACCACCACACCAUCAACUGAUCACGAUGACUUUGAGUCGAGAGAAAAAACUUUUACUCAAGCACUGAAAGCACUUGAACCAAACAACACAUCCCACAUGAUAGCGUUAUGUGGGAUGGGCGGGGUGGGGAAGACCACAAUGAUGCAAAGACUGAAGAAGGUUGCCAAAGAAAAUAGAAUGUUCAGUUACAUGGUCGAGGCAGUUAUAGGGGAAAAGACAGACCCAAUUGCUAUUCAACAAGCUGUAGCCGAUUACCUUCGUAUAGAGUUAAAAGAAAGCACUAAACCAGCAAGAGCUAAUAAGCUUUGUGAAUGGUUCAAGGCCAACUCUGGAGACGGUAAGAAUAAGUUCCUUGUUAUAUUUGAUGACGUCUGGCAGUCCGUUGAUCCGGAAGAUAUUGGUUUAAGUCCUUUUCCAAAUCAAGGUGUCGACUUCAAGGUCUUGUUGACUUCACGAGACGAACACGUUUGCACAAUGAUGGGGGUUAAAGCUAAUUCAGUUAUUAAUGUGGGACUUCUAACUGAAGUAGAAGCACAAAGUCUGUUCCAGCAAUUUGUAGAAACUUCUGAGCCCGAGCUCUGUAAGAUAGGAGAAGUUAUCGUAAGAAAGUGUUGCGGUCUACCUAUUGCCAUCAAAACCAUGGCGUGUACUCUAAGAAAUAAAAGAAAGGAUGCAUGGAAGGAUGCACUUUCACGUAUAGAGCACUAUGACAUUCGUAGUGUUGCGCCUAAAGUCUUUGAAACAAGCUAUCACAAUCUCCAAGACGGGGAGACUAAAUCCGUGUUUUUGAUGUGUGGUUUGUUUCCUGAAGACUUCGAUAUUCCUACCGAGGAGUUGAUGAGGUAUGGAUGGGGCUUAAAGCUAUUUGACAGAGUUUAUACAAUUAGAGAAGCAAGAACCAGGCUCAACACCUGCAUUGAGCGACUUGUGCAGACAAAUUUGUUAAUUGAAAGUGAUGAUGUUGGGUGUGUCAAGAUGCAUGAUCUGGUGCGUGCUUUUGUUUUGGGUAUGUAUUCUGAAGUCGAGCAUGCUUCAAUUGUCAACCAUGGUAAUAUGCAUGGGUGGACUAAAAAUGAUAUGAACGACUCUUGCAAAACAGUUUCAUUAACAUGCGAGAGUGUGUCUGAGUUUCCAGGAGACCUCAAGUUUCCAAACCUAAAGAUUUUGAAACUUAUGCAUGGAGAUAAGACGUUAAGGUUUUCUCAAGACUUUUAUGAAGGAAUGGAAAAGCUCCAGGUAAUAUCAUACCAUAAAAUGAAGUAUCCAUUGCUUCCCUCGUCACCUCAAUGCUCCACCAACCUUCGAGUGCUUCAUCUUCAUGAGUGUUCAUUAUGGAUGCUUGAUUGCUCUUGUAUCGGAAAUUUGACGAAUCUGGAAGUGCUGAGCUUUGCUAAUUCUGGCAUUGAACGGAUACCUUCAGCAAUCGGAAAUUUGAAGAAGCUUAGGCAACUUGACCUGAGAGAUUGUGAUGGUCUUUGUAUAGAACAGGGUGUCUUGAAAAAUUUGGUCGAACUUGAAGAACUUUAUAUUGGAAAUGCAUCCGCGUUUAGCGAGUAUAACUGCAAUGAGAUGGCAGAGCGAUCAAACAGGCUUUCUGCGUUAGAAUUUGAGUUCUUUAAUAACAAGGCUCAAGUGAAGAAUAUGUCAUUUGAGAAUCUUGAACGAUUCAAGAUCUCAGUGGGACGCUCUUUAAAUGGAGAUAUCAGUGAGAGUGCCCACUCAUAUGAAAACACAUUGCAGUUGGUGACCAAUAAAGGUGAAAUAUCAGACUAUAAACUUAAUGAGUUGUUUGUGAAAACAGAGGUGCUUUGUUUAAGCGUAGAUGGUAUGAAUGAUCUUGAAGAUGUUGAGGUUGUGAUUCCUAAGUUGGAGACACUUCGAAUUGAUGACAUGGAGAAUUUAGCUGAAAUAUGGCCUUGUGAACUUAGUAGAGGCGAGAAAGUUAAGCUGAGAGAGAUUAAAGUGAGAAAUUGUGAUAAACUUUUGAAUCUAUUCCUGCACAAUCCCAUGUCUCUGUUGCAUCAUCUUGAAGAGCUUGAAGUCACGGAAUGUGGUUCGAUUGCAUCAUUAUUCAACAUCGACUUGGAUUGUGUUGGUGCAAUUGGAGAAGAAGACAACAACAGCAUCUUAAGAAGCAUCAAAGUGGAGAAUUUAGGGAAGCUAACAGAGGUGUGGAGGAUAAAAGGCGCAGACAAAUCUCAUUCCCUUGUCAGUGGCUUUCAAGUUGUUGAAAGCAUAAGGAUUAGGAAAUGUGAGAGGUUUAGAAAUGUAUUCACACCUAUCACCACCGAUUUUGAUGUGGGGGCACUUUUGGAGAUUCAGAUUGAAGAUUGCGGAGGAGAAACAGGGAGAUUCAAUGAAUCGAAAGAGAGUAGCCAAGAGAAAAAGACUGAUAUUCUGUCAGAGGAAGAGACAUUGCGAGAAAUCACUGGCAAUAUUUCUAAUGUUGCAUUCCCAUCCUGUCUCAUACCCUCUUUUCAUAACCUCCAUAAACUUUACUUGAAGAAGUAUGAAGGAGUGAAGGUGGUGUUUGAGAUGGAGAAUCCAACAAGUAGAGAAUUGGUAACAACUCACCAUAACCAACAACAGCCUAUACUUCUCAACCUCCAGGAAUUAUAUCUAUAUAAUAUGGACAACAUGAGCCAUGUAUGGAAGUGCAACCGGUAUAGGUUCUUCAAUCUUCCAAAACAACAAUCUGAAUCAACAUUCCACAACCUCACAACCAUACAUGUGUACCAAUGCAAAAGCAUUAAGUACUUGUUUUCACCUCUCAUGGCAGAACUUUUUUCCAACCUAAAGAAAGUCCACAUAGAAUGGUGUCAUGGUAUCGAAGAAGUUGUUUCAAACAGAGAUGAUGAGGAUGAAAAAAUGACUACAUCUACCCACACAACCACCACUUUGUUCCCUCAGCUUGAUUCUCUCACUCUAAAAUACAUGAACAAUCUGAAGUGUAUUGGUGGAGGAGGUGCCAAGGAUGAGAACACUGAAAUAUCUUUCAACAAUACCGUUUUUCCUGAUCGAUUUAAGUUGUCUGAAGCAGGUGGUGUUUCUUGGAGCUUAUGCCAAUACUCUAGAGAGAUAGAAAUAGAAAACUGCCCUGCAUUGUCAAGUGUGAUUCCAUGUUAUGCAGCAGGACAAAUGCAAAAGCUUCGAGUGCUGAGAAUAUGGUGUUGCAAUGGGAUAAAGGAGAUAUUUGAAACUCAAUCAGGGAUGAUCAGCAACAAAAACAAGAGUGAUUGUAAUGAAGGAAUUCCAAGAGUAAAUAACAAUGUUAUUAUGCUUCCCAAUCUAAAGAUAUUGGAAAUCGUAGUUUGUGCGGGUUUAGAACAUAUAUUCACAUUCUCUGCAAUUGGAAGCCUGGCACAUCUUGAAGAGUUAACAAUAUCUAGUUGCGAGUCAAUGAAAGUGAUUGUGAAGAAAGAAGAAGAAGAUGCAUCAUCAUCAUCAUCUUCUUCUAAGAAGGUUGUGGUCUUUCCUCGUCUAAAGUCCAUUGAACUAAGUUAUCUACCAGAGCUGGAGGAUUUCUUCUUGGGGAUGAAUGAGUUCGCAUUUCCUUCAUUGGAUAAUGUUACCAUCAAGAAAUGCCCCCAAAUGAGAGUGUUUGCACCUGGUGGGUCCACAACUCUCCAACUCAAGUAUAUACGCACAGGAUUAGGCAAACAUACUCUUGAUGAAUCAGGCCUUAAGUUCUUUCAUGUUCAGCAUCAUCAGCAGACCGCUUUCCCGAGUUUACAUGGUGCAACUUCGUUCCCUGCAACUUCAGAAGCAAUACCUUGGUAUUUUCAUAACUUGAUCGAAUUAGAUGUUGAACGGAAUCAUGAUGUUAAAAAUAUUAUUCCAUCCGGUGAAUUGCUGCAACUGCAAAAGCUGGAAAAUAUUAGUGUGAGUGAUUGUGAGAUGGUAGAAGAGUUAUUUGAAACUGCAUUGGAAGUAGCAGGGAGAAAUAGAAAAAGUAGUAGUGGACGUGGUUUUGAUGGACCGUCACAAACUACUACUCUUGUCAAUAUUCCAAACCUAAGAGAAAUGAGGUUGGAUUUGUUACAUAAUCUCAGGUAUAUAGGGAAGAGCACUCAGUGGACAGUUUAUGAGUUUCCAAACCUAACAAGUCUCUAUAUUGGUUGUUGCAAAAGGUUAGAUCAUGUAUUUACUAGUUCCAUGGUUGGUAGUCUAUUGCAACUCCAAGAGCUAACUGUAAGGUACUGCUACAAUAUGGAGGAGGUCAUUGUCAAGGAUGCAAGUGGUGUUGUGGAAGAAGAAUCUGUUGGCAAGAGGAAUGAGAUUCUUGUGUUACCUCGUCUAAAGUCCUUGAUAUUAGAUGACCUUCCAUGUCUUAAGGGGUUUAGCUUGGGGAAGGAGGAUUUUUCAUUCCCAUUAUUGGAUACUUUGGAAAUCUACUACUGCCCAGCAAUAACGGCUUCACCAAGGGAUAUUCGGCUACUCCGAAGCUAA